GGUCGCCUGGGAAUCUGGCGGAGGCGAACGACCCGGCACGUGCCGUAAAUAUACUCGCAUAGCCGCUUCGUGCUUACUUGCUUGUGUAUCUUACCUGCCGACGUAUCGAGAUUUAUUUCUUCGAAAACCAAGCAGUAAGACGCCGUUUUUCACGAAGUCCCAUAGUUUAUUUCGCCCACCGUUACGUUCGAAACGUGGCAUAAAUCGUAGUACCUAUCGGGUCGCUGAAUAUACAUAACUAAAAAUCUAGUUAAUUUUUAAACAGUGCGCGCGCGCCACCUUGUGUCACCUGGCGAUUAGUCCAUUUUUGUUCUUCGGAGGUUUGAGGGUUGGUGCUAUUAGAGGUACACGGAGGUUGUAUCACGCUCACACGUAUAUUGUAAUCAGGCGAUAACAUAAAUCAGUAGAACGGAAAGAAAUCUUGUUGCUUGAAGAAAAAUGCCGCCGAAAUCUGCUAAGAAUUCCAAACGAAGCGGUAAAAGUAAUAAAUGUACAUCAGAACCAUGUGUCCCUUCCAAGACGACUACAGAUGCAAACAGCACGAGUGGUUUAAAUCCAGAAGUGGAGGAUCAAUUUGAACUGGAAUUAUGUUGGUGCAUACAACAGCUAGAAACAAGUUUAGCCAAUGGCAAGUUGCAAGAGAAACAGAUGCAAGAUCUCAACAAACAUGUACGUUCGUUAAAGAGCAAUACCGCACCAUUGAUAAAAAAAAGACAGAUAAUGAGAAACAUGUUGGGAGACUAUAAAGAUAAAAUGGCUAAGGACGAAAUGAAACUCAGUAAAACUGUAUCAAGUGUCAAGUUCACAAAUCCUGCUGCUGUGAAUAAGAAAUCAGUGUUUAUUAAGAAAGCUACUAGAUACAAUGAACAGGAACAUCAAGAACAAACAGAUGAUCUGAGAACACAAGAAACAUUAGUUAGUGCGAAACGAAUUAUUAAUAUUGAUAGGACUCAAACUCCAUUCCGAUUUAAUUUUCAGACAUGUCAAUAAAAUUGUGUUUCUAUUUAUAUAAUUACUGAAUUUUAUAACACAUUAGAAGGUAAACUUAUCUACAAUUAGCAAAUCUAUGAAUUUUUUUUCUCCGUCUUCCUAAUAUAAUUUUCUAUCUUCUCUUAAUUUUCUAUAGAUUAUUAAUCUAAUAUGUUUAAAGCAUAUUAUAAUUAAUAAGAAUUCCUAUAUAGCAUUUUAAAUCAUAUCUUCUUCAAUACAUAGAUUUGUAUUAACACUUUACCGACCGGUAGCGGUUCGAACAUCCUAUGCCCUUUUCACCGGCCACUCAGCCGCAGAUCAUCCGAGACACCGGCUUGCUGCUUGCUACUUGUCAGUCUAACUUAACCAAAUCUAACGGAAAAAACAAAAGUCGAUUAAUCGACGACCGGUCGUUAAGCGCUGUGGAAUAAUCGACGGCCUGUCGAUAAGCGCUGAGAACAAAACGUCGAUUAAUCGACGGCCGAUCGGUAAAGUGUUAAUAUGAAGAUUUGUAUUAGUAAGAUAAUAUUCUCAAUCCAGAGAAUACAUGCAAAAUAGAGACAACAAUCUCCCUAGCAAUUAAUUUCCUAGACUUAAAGAUAUUCAACGGAAUCUACAUGUUUUUACGUUCCAAUGUGUUACAAAAUUCAU